UAGUUUAUUCAUUCACAUCAAGAAUUUCGUUGAGACUGUAACGUCGUUUGAAAAUAAUCUUUGGCUUUUCGAGGUGAAUCAUAUUUUUUUCAACAUGGGUGAUAAUAUUAAUACAAGCAUUGAGUUCCACUUGGAACAGAUCAAUAUAUUGAAGACUACUAGAAUGGAGGUGGAAAAUCUUCCACGAAAUGCUUUGGGGUUCGUCUGGCAUCCAAAUGAUGAGGAAUACAGGGAUCUGGUGACGGCAGAUGAUGUGCUGCAGCACCUGGACCUCUUAAAUGUAGAAAUUAACAAGAAUGAAGAGAGGGUGCUUGAACUGAACAUGGCUAAACUGGAGCUGAAUUUGACUGAUAUGUGUCGACUAGAGGAUGAUGGUGUUCCAGAAGACUCCGAUGCCACCGUGGUAUACCAAGCGGCCAGGAUUACUCCGCCAUGUCUGCGCCGACUGUUCAUGGGAUCGGAACAUGACGACGAUGAUAGCAACUUAACUCUGCUGCCCAGAGAUUCCAAGUGUGAAGACGAGACUAGUUCUCUGAAGUCUGAAGGGAGUUCUACUUCCACAACGGAUGAAGAUGUCCCCGCUUUUCCAUCAUUUGCGGACCAGCUGAACCUUAAGAUCACAUACGAAGAUAUAGUUGCAACGCGUCCUCCAAGAAUGCCAUUUCGAAUCCUACGUGACUAUUAUAAGGAAAACACAUCGGAUUUGUGUUCUGAUGGUGAAAGCUGCCCGGUAUCUUCGCGUUCCAAAAGUGAUAAUGGGGGUGAAAAUGCACCUAGGAGUGCCGCAGUGCAGUCACCAUCCGACUACAUCAGUUGCGUUGAUGACAGAAGUUCAGGUUACUUUUCUGGUGGUGAAUGUUCAUAUAUAACUGCUCGACGUGAAACGACAAGAGAACCAAGCGAAAGAGAACCUACCCGUCAACAAGGGACAUUUUAUCGGGAUAAUUGGUGGAAUAGACGAUUUAUUCCUCCUGCUCGACGUGAAACGAUAAGAGAACCAAGCGAAAGAGAACCUGCCCGUCAACAAGGGACAUUUUAUCAGGAUAAUUGGAGGAAUAGACGGUUUAUUCCUCCUGCUCGACGUGAAACGGCAAGCGAAUCAAGAGAACCUGCGCGUCAACAAGGGACAUUUUAUCGGGAUAAUUGGAGGAAUAGACGGUUUAUUCCUCCACGUAUCUUGAGGCUACGUAAAUUGGGUUGGAGAGUAUAAAUUGUUAUCUUUGAAUAAGUAUGAAAACAUGUUCCUCUGGAAUUGAAUGUGUGUGAAUGUUACUGAAUAAAUAAAUUAGUUCAGUAAAACAAAAC